UUGAAAUUGGGUUUUAUAUUUAUUAUUUCAGUCAUUCUAGAAAGCUUUGAUGUUGCAUCAAUUUUUUUUUCACUGCGGUCUUUAAUCUUUAAUUAAAUGUAAUUGACCGGAAGAUUUGGGAGCUUGUUUGUCCAGUAGGCAUUAGGUAUCUAUCAAAUCAAAUUGGACUGAAGCAACGUGCAGAAUUUAUGAACAAGAUUUUUACCAGGCUCCUUUGGAAAAUCUCACAAUGACGCUACUAGUGACGUCGGUUUGUUAGUACAGAGUUUGGUUAAUUAAGAGGAAUUGUAUUGGAAUAAAGCGGGGAGGCAACAAAUGAGAAUGGCAGAAGGAGCCUGCCCAGCCUCCUCCCCUCCUCCCUCCUCUGGAGGCUCGCGCACUCCGGAGCAGCAGGUUCCUACAAGUGCUAGGCGAAGUGAGGCGCAGCGCUACGCCUGGGCGUUCCCAUUCGGGACAGCUGGCUGUUUGCAGUCUGCAAACACCUGGCUUGGUGCUAGGGGGCCUUAGAGACUUCUCCCUGUCACUGGUCGGCGAGCUAGCAGGCAGCAGGCUCUAAGAGGUCCGGAGGGUUUCCUGUGUGUCAGCAACUUCACUUUGGAGAUAGCUGGCGGAAGAGCGAAAGUGCACUCGCGGGCCAAUCGCUCGCCAACAGCCACCGCUGAACAAGCGCAGCCCUCGCUCUCGCCACUACCUCGAAUAGCAGCGGCGGGGCCGAGACUGAGCGUACCUCAGCGCACCUAAGCCUAGCUCCCCAGAAGGCGCCUCGACCCCGGUGGCGCCCUCCGGAGCGCAGAGAGCGUCCCUGGUGAGCUCUGCGGAGCACGCCCCUCGCCUGCAGAGCACGCCCCUCGCCUCAGGAGCAGCGCAGGACUCUCACGGGCGCCCAGGCUCCGCCCACCCCACCGGGUGCCGGGCUCUCCCGCCCGCCCCCAGCACUCGGGACUAAGCUGGGUCUCCGCGAGCGCCUCGACUGCACAGACAGCAAACGGGAAGAAACCUAGAAGCACACGGGGCUGCGGCCACGCGCACUCCGAUGGCCCUCGGUGGUUGAACUCUGGAGGAGACAGGGGCCGGGAAGAAGCGACGCGGAGCCACGAAGCCCAGCUCCUCGCUUGCAAGGUAGAAAAGGAAGAUGCCCAAGCGACGUUGAUCUCUGGCAGAAGUAAAGUGGGCUGCGCCCUCUUCUCGCUGGACCACAGCCGAGUGAGUCUGGCGUGAUCUAGCUGCGCGCACCAGGCGUGCUCUGCAGCGCGGACCUGCGGACCCUCGGGAAAGCGCAGUUGGAAAGUUGUCAGUGCCCUGCGCGCCCUGUUGUGUAACCUCUGCGCGGCCAGCCAGACGGGGAAGUUGCCGGCACGCCCGCCAGCCUGGUUCAGUCUCGGAUCCGGGCGGAUUUCAUGGCCCGCGGUGAACGAGCGCCUGAAGCCGGCGUGGGCGAGCCCCCGCGCGCCCCCUUCCGCGGGGAUACCCCGCGCCCCAGCCCUUCCUCUCGCCGGCUUUUCCGAUGCUCGCUGAGUCCGGUGCCAUCGCCGACCUCUCGCCGCCGCUCGCCCUUCGGACCUGCUGCCUAAGCCGGGGAGGAGAGAAUGACCGAGGUGCUGUGGCCGGCCGUCCCCAACGGGACGGACGCUGCCUUACUGGCCGGCCCGGGCUUGCCCUGGGGAAAUGGCACAGCCGCCUCCACCGCAGACGCUGGCUCCACCUUCAGAUGUGCCUUGACCAAGACAGGCUUCCAGUUCUACUACCUGCCGGCCGUCUACAUCCUGGUGUUCAUCGUUGGCUUUCUGGGCAACAGCGUGGCCAUCUGGAUGUUUGUUUUCCACAUGAAACCUUGGAGCGGCAUCUCCGUGUACAUGUUCAACUUGGCUCUGGCCGACUUCUUGUACGUGCUGACUCUGCCAGCCCUCAUCUUCUACUACUUCAACAAGACGGACUGGAUCUUUGGGGAUGCCAUGUGCAAGCUGCAGAGGUUCAUCUUCCAUGUGAACCUUUAUGGCAGUAUCUUGUUCCUGACCUGCAUCAGCGCGCACAGGUACAGCGGCGUGGUGUAUCCGCUCAAGUCCCUGGGCAGGCUGAAGAAGAAGAACGCCGUCUAUAUCAGCGUGCUGGUGUGGCUCAUCGUGGUGGUGGCGAUCUCCCCCAUCCUAUUCUACUCGGGAACUGGGGUACGGAAAAACAAAACCAUCACCUGCUAUGACACCACCUCAGAUGAGUAUCUGCGAAGUUAUUUCAUCUACAGCAUGUGCACCACCGUGGCCAUGUUCUGUGUCCCCUUGGUACUGAUACUGGGCUGUUACGGAUUAAUUGUGAGAGCUUUGAUUUACAAAGACCUGGACAAUUCGCCUCUUAGGAGGAAAUCCAUUUACCUGGUGAUUAUUGUACUGACUGUUUUUGCUGUAUCUUAUAUCCCUUUCCAUGUGAUGAAAACCAUGAACUUGAGAGCUCGGCUAGAUUUUCAGACCCGAGAAAUGUGUGCUUUCAAUGACAGGGUUUAUGCCACUUACCAGGUGACAAGAGGUCUAGCAAGUCUCAACAGCUGUGUGGACCCUAUUCUGUAUUUCUUGGCUGGUGAUACUUUUAGAAGGAGACUCUCCCGAGCAACCAGGAAAGCUUCCAGAAGAAGUGAGGCAAAUUUGCAAUCCAAGAGUGAAGACAUGACCCUCAAUAUUUUAUCUGAGUUCAAGCAAAAUGGAGAUACAAGCUUGUGAAGGCACAAGAAUCCCCAAACACCUCACUUUGUAACAUGGCCAAGACAAGUAUCUGGAGAGAUCUGUUCUAAUGGUGAAAACAUAUAGAGGGUCAGGAUGAAGGAGUGAUCUAGCAGCUCAAAAGCUGAUUCAUGCCAGUUGAUGAUGUAAGUAUUAACUGUGAAGGCAGAAAUCUCUUGAAAUUUGGAUAGAAGAAACAGCUAAAAACAUUUUAGUACCAAGUUCAAGGGGUUUUUAUUGCUUAGAAAUCAUGGUCUUUGACUCUUGAAAAUUCAAUAUGUAUUUACACUGAAAUAAAAAUGCAAACUAAGAUGGAAUAUACCAUGAAAGUCAGAAUUCAGAUUUAAAACCAUGAUGUGACAGCUGAGGCACCUGUGGGACUCCUGACUUUUUGAAGACCAUUCUUCAUUGAUUGAAAGGAUUGGAUGACAUCCAUUUGUUGAGAUUUAGGCAGUGUGGCAAAGACUCCUUGUAGACAGCGAGGAGGGCAACAAAAUGUGCCACUGUUUUCUAGGACUCUUCAGUCUGGUCCUUGGCUAAAUAUGCUUGCAAGUUUCAGCAGUUGUGAUGUGAUAGGUCAUAACCUGCAGUUCUUCUCUGUCUACUCAUAGAGUAUGCUAAGCUGUGGCUGGAUGCUAUAAAUGUUACCACUUAUCCCAGCUGGAAUUCAACUAGUGACAAUAUUGAAAGAUGCAACACUAAGUAGGACCUAUUGAAGCUGUACCUUUUCUGGUCAAAUUGUAACUAUUGUAAUAAUAUUUAUUGAAGCUCACAGUCCUUCAAUUGUACAGAUUGAAAUACUUUCUUGAAAGAUCCAACAUAUUGAUGUAAAUUAUAUUUAUUAAAGGUAUAAUAUUAAUAUGUCACACUGGUAUAUUUUACCUAAUAUAUGAUGCAUAGAUAAAAUGAGAGUUGUGUAUCAUGAUGCCUUUCAAGUGUCAAUAUCUUGAAAGUUAAGUCUUUAGAAUUUUGGGAGUUUAAAAUAUAAAAAUCUGUUUCGUGAUACAAGUGCUUAAUUUUCCCUAGGAAUAUAUUUGCAUGUUUGCCUUUUUAUUAUGUCUUUCCACAUAGACACAAUAUGGUAUCAGAUUAUCAUAAGAGUAAUUGUGAAUGUAAAGUAUCUUAGCCAGACUGGGUCUGUAUUGUCGACAUUUUAUAUAUAUAGUAGAAAAGCUUAUGUUGUCUUUUCAGUAGGUGUAGAAUUUUGUCCUCAAUUAUGGUCAGAGCUUCCUCUCCCAAAGGCAAAAGUCUUCUUUUAUAUUCAGAGUUGAUCUCUUACGGUUUAGAAGUCUACUAGUUUGGGCAUUAUAGAUACAACAUUAGAAUUUAAGGACAAACUUUAGGGAGAAGAAGGGAGAAAAAAGCCAAAUGGUUUAAUCAGUUACUGUUGUUCAGUUCUGAAGUGUUUCUUCUUGAAGUGAAAUAGUAUAAUCUUAAUUCUUUUGAGAUGGAGUUUUUAAGUAGCACACUACCCGAAAGUUCAACAUUGCUAUUGAUUUUCAUCUGUUUUCUUUGUUCAGUUGAUAAUUUUAAUAACAAGUUUUUAGUGAUAAAUGUAUUAUGUGGCUGCUGAAUUCUGUUACGGUUUUUUAUUCUCUUGUACAUUGUAUUAUAUAUGUCAUCACAAAUUAAUAUGAAGGUGAAUAUAUGUUGCAUCUAAAAAUUUGUGAAUUUGAAUUAUAUUACAUAUUAGUGUUUUUGCAAAAAUGUUUAUUUUUAUAUUAUCUGUGAUUUUAAUAUAGAUAAUUGAAUUAGAUUUCUUUGUGAGUAGUAGUGCCAUUGAAUGAGUGGUAUGAAACAGUGUUACUUGACAUAUUGAGCUUUCUCAGGUUUAUCUAAAUUGAUGGUAGUUUAAUGAAAUCCAAACUAAUUGUGCGUAAUAGCUUUUAAUAAAAUGAAAGUACAUUUCCUAUAAUAGCAUAGUGUUGUUUGCAUGCAAGAGUUUGUCUUGUACUGUGUGUUCAUGUGUGUGUGUGUGUGUGCAUGUGCAUGCGUGCGUGUGUGUGUGUCUCUAAGGCAUUGCAGCCAACUUUGUAUCCACUAUUUAUAGUAACAACAGAGCUUCAUAAUCAUGGACACUAGAACUGUACUUCAUAGACAAUAAAAGCUGAAAAAGAUUCAAUAAAACUAUAAAACAUG